AUGAUGAUGGUGAUGAUAGUGUUGUUGAUGGUAAUGGUGCUGGUGGUGGUGGUGGUAGUGAUGAUGAUGGUGAAGGUGAUAAUGGUGUUUAUGGCAGUGGUGGUGACAGUGGUGGUCCUUGUGAUGGUGAUGAGAGUUGUGGUGAUGGGGGCAGAUGGCCUGUCGGAGCCGGAGGGCAUCUCUCUGAAGCGGGUCGCUGUGGUGGAAGAUUUCUUUGACAUCAUCUACUCGAUGCAUGUGGAGAGCUCAGCGGAGCCAGGCAAAGCCCCCAAGCACGCUGGGCAGAAGAAAACCUACCGAGCGAUUGCGGAGACGUAUGCCUUCCUUCCACGGGAGGCUGUGACCCGGUUCCUGAUGAGCUGCACAGAGUGUCAGAAGAGGAUGCACUUUAAUUCCAACGGCCUGGAGCCCAAAGAAAACGAGCCUCCCUCUCCUCUGGUCUCUGGGAUUAUUGAUUACAACAUGCCCCUCACCUCCACAUACCUGAAGCAGAUGAAGUUGCGCGUGAUGAAUUCCCAGGAGCAGGAUGAAACUUCUGUGAGCAGUGAAGAUUUUGAUAUGAACGAUUCCACAUGGAUGUCAGCUGACCCACACCUGGCCUCCAGCCUGAGUCCCAGCCAGGACGAGAGGAUGCGGAGCCCGCAGAACCUCCACAGCCAAGAGGACGACGACUCCUCCUCCGAGAGUGGCAGCGGCAAUGGCUCCUCCACCUUGAACCCAUCCACUUCGAGCAGCACGCAGGGCGACCCUGCCUUCCCCGAGAUGAAUGGCAACGGCGCUGUGGCCCCCAUGGACUUCACGGCCGCAGCUGAGGAUCAACCCAUCAACCUGUGUGAUAAGCUCCCGCCAGGCACGUCCCUCGGCACGCCCUCCUACCCCUCGGACAGCUGCGGCACAGAUGGACUGCGGAGCCGUGUCAAGUACGGGGUGAAGACCACCCCUGAGUCCCCCCCCUACAGCUCAGGGAGCUACGAUUCCAUCAAGACCGAGGUCAGUGGCUGCCCCGAGGACCUGACUGUGGGCCGAGCUCCCACAGCAGACGACGACGACGACGACCACGAUGACCACGAGGACAAUGACAAGAUGAAUGACUCCGAGGGCAUGGACCCUGAGCGCCUCAAGGCCUUCAACAUGUUUGUGCGUCUCUUUGUGGACGAGAACCUGGACCGCAUGGUGCCCAUCUCCAAGCAGCCCAAGGAGAAGAUCCAGGCCAUCAUCGAAUCCUGCAGCCGGCAGUUCCCCGAGUUCCAAGAGCGGGCCCGCAAGCGCAUUCGCACGUACCUCAAGUCCUGCCGGCGCAUGAAGAAGAACGGCAUGGAGAUGACCAGACCCACACCUCCCCACCUGACCUCGGCCAUGGCCGAGAACAUCCUGGCAGCUGCCUGUGAGAGCGAGACGAGAAAAGCAGCCAAAAGGAUGCGCCUGGAGAUCUACCAGUCCUCGCAGAGGUACAACUAUCAAGAUAGACAAAGGCCUCAGGCCCCCAAGUGCCUGGUCCACAGCAAGCUCCCAGGUGCCCUGCAAGGUGUCCACUCCUUCUCACCCUCCCUCUCCCUCCCCACAGGGCCCACGGACCUCAGCAUGAAAGGCGGGGCCUCCACCACCUCCACCACGCCCACCCCCACGCCCUCCAGCAACAGCACCAGCAGGACCAUGCCCACCGCCCAGCUCAGCCCUACUGAGAUCAGUGCUGUGCGGCAGCUCAUCGCUGGCUACCGAGAGUCUGCCGCCUUCCUGCUGCGCUCGGCGGACGAACUGGAAAACCUCAUUUUACAGCAGAACUGACCCAGCGGCACCUGGAGUGCACUACCCUCGGGAAUGAGGCUGUCCCGCCUGACCCAGCUUCCUGCCUCACCAGUUGGUACAUUUUGUUUUUUGCAAGAGGUGGGAUCCGAGAGCUGUUUCUAGCCACACUCCAAGCACCUGAGACUUUGGGCACAAGGACACUUUUUUUUUUGGAAUCUCACCACACAGGUGCUCUGACCUGCUUGGAAGAGGCCAAUGGGGCAGCUUUGGAAGGGCUGGGCUCCCCUGACAGGGCGCUGGGGCCACAGCUCUAGUUAGAUCAUCUUCGUGGACCCUGAUGUUAGAAUCCCACUCCCAGAUAAUUACCUUUCAAGUCUUAGGUGAGCAGAAUUGCAUAUUUAUUGAGAAAAACAAAGUGGACCCUUUCUUCCUCUCCCCUUAGUAAUUUAUUUUUUUGAAAAUGGAUUCUUUUGUGUUUGUACAGAUUGCCAGUCUGUGUCUGUCUGAUCAGAAGGAUGUCUCCCUGUGCCCUAACAUUCCAUAUCACUACACUGGCGCGGGCCGGGCCGCAGGGCGGGGCGGCGGUGGGGCAGGCGCCAGGGGCUGUCCCUCUGAGUGCCCAGCACCACCAAGCAGGAGGACCUCACCCACACCCACUGCAAAGCAAAGACAAACACACGCCCCCUCCCCCCAUUUCACAGAAGCCCCAGCCAUGGCCACCUGUAUUCUACCUCACACUCCAGCGGGGGCUUUUUCCAGGAUGUGCCCCGAGCCUGCUCUGGAUGGCUGUCUCCCAGCUCCCCCGCACGGGGUGUGUGCCUGGGGUGUAAGCCCGGCCCUCCCGGCUGCACGACAGGAUGGAGACUGGGAGACGGAGGCCGGUCAGCAGAGUCCCGGCCCUCACCCUGCCCAGGGAGUUAACACUCCCCGCACAGACCCAGGCCCUCAGGCCCUUGCUGGGAAGACCCUGUUUCCUCAGGGUGAGCCUCUAGGUGUCAGGCAGCCACUGGCCAGGAGCGGUAGCUGGGCACCCCUGGACUGGCUUGGCUCCCGUCCCUGGCCCCGUGGUGAAAAAUAAGGGACCAUCAUCCACCAGAGUAGCCAAUUGGGUUCUAAGACCAGCCCUUCUGGAGGGACCAGUCCUGGAAGAAACCUCUCAUCCCUGGAGUGUGAAAGGGGCAACAAGGAAAGGCUGGCCUGGUUUCCCUCCUCCCGAUAGGCACUUCCUCUUGCUCAGUGCAAUACCUACCAGUGCUGCUAAACCAGGGAUUCGCCCAGACCUCAGCAGGCCCCCGGGCCUCUCCAUGCAACACUCCGUAGCCAUGACUGCAGCCUCCGCUGCCGCCCCUGCCCAGAGCUGGCAGAAGCCCUCUGUUGCCUUUCCUCCCUCAGAGCAAAGAGGCCCCAGGGAGCCAGGGCCGAGUGGACCCUGGGACGGCCACUGAGAGCCACCUGACCCCAGAGUAGGUAUCCCUUCUCAAACCAGCUUCUCCGCAGCCAGCUGCCUCCUGGCACUGUGGCAGACCCCCCUCAGGAGGGGCGGGGAGGGCACUCCAGUGUGGGUGUCCCACCCUGUGCUGACGCCCAGCCCCUAGAGGCUGGGGUGGUCUUUUAUCUCUCAAGUGGCCUCCAACACCCCAUCUCACCACACCACCUCUGCCUUGCAUCUGACCCAUCCCCAGGCCUCUGGUCGGGGCCAAGACUCCCCCUUAGCACAGCACAAACUCCAGUGCCCACGGCCUCUCCCUCACCCAGCCAUCCGCACAGCCAUCCUCCACCUGCUCAGUACACUCCCUGACGUUUUAAUUUGUGUAAAUAUUUAUUUUUGUGUGUGAACAAUAUUACAAGGUAAUCAGUAGAUCUUUUGCAAAAUGUUACCCCAGGCAAUUUGUGAAAUCUUAAUGUUAAAAACUGGCAGAGACAAUCGCCGCCUUAGAAUUCUUGGUAUCAAUUGCUUAACAUGUCAUUUCUCCUCCCAGAGGCAGUACCCAAGCCAGGCAUGAACGGUUUGCUUUUCUUAACAGCCAGGAGUGAGGAGGACUGGGGAAGGGGCUCCUGCGCCACCACACACGGGAUCAGACCUAAAGAUCACAUAAGCUACAGUUUGAAGUCGCGUUUUUCUGUUUAGGCUGCCCUAACUGAUCACCUGCAGCCAACCUAACGCUGCGGUAAGAGUGGAAGUUCCGUGUGUUAAAGAGAAAGGAAAGGGACGCCAGUGGCACUGGCCCGGGGUCUCCCAGUGGCUCCCCCAGGGCGGGUCUGAGGUGGGGACCUUCCCACUGAAGUUGCGCCAGAAGCCCUGGAGGUGGCAGCAUCAGGAGCGAGUCACUCUGUGAAACAGGAUCCCAUUAGCUAGUUCAGUCAGGGAACUUGUUCGGUUUGGCUUUUGUUUUAAAAGAUGCAGCUUCGACUCAGUCCCUCUCCUCCUGACUUGGAGAGUACCCGAGAGCUGGUUCUGCUGAUCCUCGCUCCCACUGCACCCCUCCUCCAGUCACCCCAGGGACAGCCUUCUCCCGAAGCCCUGCCCCAGAACCACUUAAAAUCCUUAUGGAGGGGGCGCCUCGGUACAAAUUAGUCAUCUGGGACCCAAAGUUUAAAAGAUAGUAUGAGUGGAACACACCAAUUCCAGAGUCUUUGCAGGGGCCUGAUCCUGAGAGGAGAGAAGGGCAGAAUCCAGAGAAUGGGGAUUGGUCUUAGACCAGAAAGAGCGUGGCGCACCUGAAACUCAUUUACCCUCACCACUCGGAGGAACGGACAGUGCACAUCCGAGGACAGCAAUGGGGGCAUGGGAAGGGGGGAUCAGGCAGGGGGCUCAGAGGGUUUUAGAGGAUUUCAAAUAGGUGGAACCCAGCCAUCCCUAUUCCCAAGGGCCACUUAUGACUCCAGGGGUGGUUACAGGAUUAACUACCAGUUCAUUUUCAAAAUGCUGCUUUGAACUCAGAGGGUUGAUACAUUUAAUUUGUAAUUUUUUGUAAAACUUUUUACAAGAUAGUAAAGUAUUUCACCAGAAUACCAGUUUCAAUCCGUCCAUGGUCUGAUUUUUAUAUAAUUUAGUGGUGCUUUAGAAACUUUGUUUUUGUUGUUUCUGGGCUAAACAGCUCAAUCCUUUUUCGCCUGUAUCUACCUAAGACCAAUGUGAACCUUUGUAUUUUUGCUCCUAAUUUUGGACUCAGUGAAAGUGUACUGUUUACAUGUACAGAUGCCCCAGUCCCUGUGUGUUCUGCAAGACUCGCUCUUGAGGAGGAAGGUGCACCUCACUAAGCUCAUCUGCUUAGCAAAGCCACAAAACAAAAACCUCUCACUUUUUACCUGUUUCCACCUAAAAACAAAAACAAAAAAACCUACAACACACAGAACUCGGAUUUACUGAAAAACAAUUCUCUAAGCUCAGAAAAAUCUCUGGGCAAGUAGAUGGCCUGCGUGCGUCUGUAUGUGGUCCAUUUAGAAGCAGGGUCGGGACAGAGACCUCCCACGCCAUUGGUGGGUGACUGCACGGGCAGGUGAGCAGUGAAGCAGGACUUGGCUGCAAAGCGGUGAGUGGAGAUAGCUCUCCCAGCAGCCUGGGGUGGGCAGGUUGCCCUCAGUCCUUUGGCAUCACUCAGACAGGUUCUGGGAGAGCGUGAGUUCCCUACCUGGGCGAGACUUUAAGAUUCUCCAGUGCAGAUGGGAUGAGCAUGUCUUCAAGGCUCCCCUGGAGGCAUCACCUCUGGCGAGGAGCAGAGGGCUCCAGACGAUAAGCAUAUGGCACUUAAGGCAAACAGUGGAUGGCACCAACUUUUAAAGGUGACUCUUUAUUACUUAAUCAGUGGCUUCACCUCUAAAUUAUAUUUUUACAGAUAUGCACCUAUGCAACUUAACGUGGCUCUUCUAAGCAGGUGAGAACUUCCUCUUCAAUGCUCUAUAAAAAUUCUUUGUGUUCUGUAUAGUGAGUUUUUCCAGUAAAUGUGGCUCAAUAUUUUAAUUCUUAGACUGUGUCUUCUCUAUGUGAUGCAACUAAAUUCUGUUUUGUUUGUGGAAUGACUAGCACAGGCCAACUCCCUCUCCCCUCACUUAACAAAAGACCAAUGAGCUGUUAAUCGAGCUGUUUCUCCAUGGUAUUACUUGCUAAAUGCACUGAUUUCAUAAGUAUGUGGAAUCUUUUUUCUUUUGAAUCUGUAUAUCAUAUAUAAGACUGAAUCUACUUAAUAAACACUGAAUAACAAACUGAA